UCCUCCCAGGCUCCCCGAGCUGCCCUCGGCACUGGGUGCCCCUUGGCUGUCACUCAGCCAAGCCCUGGCGGCGGCUGCUACCGCCCUGCCCCGCAUCCAGAGCCACCCCGAGCGGCUGCGGAGCCCCUGACGGCAGGCGCCCCGCGGGGCUGCAGGACGCGCUCGGAUCAUGCCGGCCGCCCUGCGCGGGCGAGGGGGCGGCUCCUACGAGCUCCUCCCUCCGCUCAGCCAGAAGAAAUGCAGUCCUGAAGAAAAUGCUUCCUUCUUCAGUAAGAUAACAUAUUCCUGGUAUAGCAGAAUAAUAACUUUAGGCUACAAGAAACCAUUGGAAAGAGAGGACCUGUUUGAACUGAAUGAAAGUGACUCUCCAUAUGCUGUAUGUCCCAACUUUGAAAAGCAUUGGAGGAAGGAACUCUUAAAGGCAACAAAAGGAUUAAAGGCUCCUUGUGACAAAGGGGUGAUAUCAGAGAAAGCAAGUUUCCAGAAACCAUCUCUGCUUUACCCUCUGUGGCAAACGUUUAGAUUUUUAUUGAUUAAAGUUGCCAUUCUGAAAGUUGCAGCUGAUAUUCUGGCCUUCAUGAGUCCACAGAUAAUGAAGGAAAUGAUAACUUUGUAUGAAAAUCACUCUGAUUUACGCUGGAAGGGAUACAGCUAUGCCAUUGCUCUUCUUGUCGUGGUUGUCUUGCAGACACUUGUCCAUCAGUUAUACCAGCGUUUCAAUAUGCUCACCUCUGUCAAAAUUAAGACUGCUGCUGUUGGCCUGAUAUACAGAAAGGCUUUAAGCAUAGCUAAUUCUUCACGGAGAAAAUAUACAACUGGUGACAUUGUUAACUUGAUGUCAGCAGAUGCUCAACAACUUAUGGAACUGACUGUAAACCUCAACCUUCUAUGGUCAGCACCUUUUCAGAUCCUGAUGGCUAUAGUCUUUCUCUGGCAAGAACUGGGCCCAUCAGUGCUAGCAGGUGUUGCAGUGCUCGUCUUGGUUAUACCUAUAAAUGCUUUUGUUGCUGCAAAAGUGAAACGGCUGAGGAAAAGCCAAAUGAAGAAUACAGAUCAGCGAGUGAAACUACUAAAUGAAAUCUUGCAUGGAAUAAAGAUUCUUAAACUUUAUGCAUGGGAACCUUCAUAUCAGAAGAAGGUUGUGGAAAUACGAGAACAUGAAAUAGAUGUUCUGAAGUCAUCUGGGUACCUGACAACUUUCUCCAUGCUAACUUUAACCUGUAUCCCUUUUAUGGUCUCAUUGGCUACGUUUGGAGUGUAUUUUCUGCUGGAUCAAGAGAAUGUCCUAACUGCAACUAAAGUUUUUACAUCUAUUUCUUUGUUUAAUAUUUUGCGACUGCCUUUGUUUGAUUUGCCAACAGUGAUCUCUGCCGUAGCCCAGACAAAGGUUUCUCUGGGUCGUUUAGAGGAUUUUCUGUAUUCUGAAGACCUUGACCCUCAAGACAUCAACACAAACUACAGUGGAAAUCAUGCUGUGGGAUUUAUUGGUGCUUCUUUCCGAUGGGAGAAGACUGGACCUUCAAUCUUAAAUAAUUUGAACAUGAAGAUCCCAGAAGGCUCUUUAGUUGCUGUGGUGGGGCAGGUUGGAUCUGGAAAGUCAUCUCUCCUUUCUGCUAUUCUUGGAGAAAUGAACAAGUUUGAAGGAACAGUCCAGAGAAAAGGUUCAGUGGCUUAUGUUUCCCAGCAGGCCUGGAUGCAGAAUUCCAUUUUGCAAGAAAAUAUUCUCUUUGGCUCAGAUCUGAACAGGCCAUAUUAUGAGAGGGUUUUGGAAGCCUGCGCUCUACUACCAGAUUUGGAGCAGUUACCAAAUAGGGAUCAAACGGAGAUUGGAGAAAGGGGAGUGAAUAUAAGUGUGGGACAGAAGCAGAGAGUGAGUCUAGCUAGAGCUGUUUACAGCAAUGCUGACCUAUAUCUUCUGGAUGACCCCUUGUCUGCUGUAGAUGUACAUGUUGGAAAGCAUCUUUUUGAGAAGCUGAUUGGGCCCUCAGGGCUCUUAAAAAACAAGACGCGUAUUUUAGUGACCCAUAACCUGACACUCCUGCCUCAGACGGACGUUAUAAUUGUAAUGGAAGAUGGCAGGAUAGCGCACAUGGGGACCUACCAAGAGCUGCUCUCAGAAAGAGCUAACUUUGCUGAGCUCCUUCAAGUCUUCAGUGCAGAAAAUAAAAGUGAAGAAACACCUCAAAUGAAAAUGUCUUCUUUAAAGAAAGAGAGUCAAAAAGGCAAUACUCUGCCUCAAAAAGAGCUCCAGGGGCAGAAAAACAGUUCUUCCUUUGAACAAACCAAAGCAUUCUCAAUGAAGAAAGAAAAUGUUGCUACUGGCAGUAUGUCAAUGUCAGUUAUUUUGAAAUACCUGCAAGCGUUUGGAUGGCUAUGGGUGUGGCUAACCCUAGCAGCUUACUUGGGACAAAAUGCAGUAGCCGUAGGACAAAAUCUGUGGCUUAGCACCUGGUCAGCAGAAGAAGAAAAAAAUAAGGAUCACACAGAGUGGAAACACUUAAGAAACAACAAACUGGGUAUCUAUGGGCUUUUGGGAUUCAUACAAGGUCUUCUGGUCUGCUAUGGUGCAUAUGUGCUUACUCGGGGAUCCCUCUGUGCUUCUCGGACAUUGCAUAAUCACAUGUUAGCCAACGUGCUGCACCUUCCCCUCCAGUAUUUUGAAACUAAUCCAGUAGGUCAGAUCAUCAAUAGAUUCACAAAGGACAUGUUUAUCAUUGAUCUACGCUUCCAUUACUAUUUACGGACCUGGUUAAACUGUACACUAGAUGUUAUUGGAACCAUUCUAGUAAUCUUGUCUGCUUCACCUCUCUUCAUACUGGUAGUUAUUCCCCUUGGAUACCUGUAUUUUAUUAUCCAACGAUACUACAUAGCUAGUUCACGACAAAUCCGACGAUUAGCUGGGGCAUCACAUUCUCCUGUGAUCUCCCACUUCAGUGAAACUCUCUUAGGACUUUCUACAAUCCGAGCAUUUGGACACCAAGAAAGAUUCAUUAGACAAAACAAAGAUGUGGUGAAUGAGAACUUGGUUUGCUUUUACAACAAUGUUAUCUCAAACAGGUGGUUGGCUGUCAGGCUUGAGUUUUUAGGAAACCUGAUGGUUUUCUUUGCUGCCUUGUUUGCAGUGCUGGCUGGAAAUACAAUUAAUUCCUCUACAGUGGGUUUAUCCAUAUCAUAUGCACUGAAUAUAACUCAAAGUCUGAAUUUUUGGGUGCGUAAAGCAUGUGAAAUUGAAACUAAUGGAGUUUCCAUUGAAAGAGUUUGUGAAUAUGAAAAAAUGGACAAAGAGGCCCCCUGGAUAAUGUCUAAAAGGCCCCCGAUGGGAUGGCCCAGUAAAGGGAUAAUAGAGUUCAUUAAUUACCAAGCUCGGUAUAGAACAGGUCUUGAUUUGGCCCUACAGGAUGUCUCCUUCCAAACGCACAGUAAAGAGAAGGUUGGAAUUGUAGGAAGAACAGGAGCUGGUAAAUCAACACUGACAAAUUGCUUGUUUAGAAUUAUAGAGCGAGACGGAGGCAAAAUAAUUAUAGAUGGAAUUGAUAUAUCAACUAUUGGACUACAUGAUCUACGUGGCAAUCUUAACAUUAUUCCACAGGACCCCGUCUUGUUCUCUGGGACCCUUCAAUCUAACUUGGAUCCCUUUGGAAAAUAUUCUGAUCAUGAGCUGUGGGAGGCAGUGGAGUUGUGUGACUUAAAGAAUUUUGUCCAGUCACUCCCAAAGAAACUCCUUCAUGAGAUUUCAGAAGGUGGUGAAAAUCUCAGUGUUGGGCAGAGGCAGCUUGUCUGUCUUGCCCGGGCUUUGCUACGGAAGACAAAAAUUCUGAUCUUAGAUGAGGCAACAGCCUCUGUUGACAUGGAAACCGAUAACCUAGUGCAGUCCACCAUCCGGAGGGAGUUUCACAACUGCACAGUAUUAACUGUAGCCCACAGGUUGCAUACUAUCAUGGAUUCUGAAAGAGUGCUUGUUCUGGGCUCUGGAAGAAUUAUAGAAUUUGAUACCCCACAUAAUUUAUUACUUCAGCAAGGAGUUUUUUCGAAAAUGGUCUCUGAGGCUGGGAUAACACAAGAUACAAAUAACUCAUGAACUUAUUUUUGUGAAGACAAGAAUGCUGGUUAUUCUGAACUCCGAAUGCAGGAAAUGCUCUAGGGAUGUGUGGUUAAUUGUAUCCUUGAAAUUAUAAAAUGAUCACACAGUUUAGGGGAAUUGUGUAGUUUUAACACUACAAACUUCUUACAUGUGGUAGGAUAAAAGCUGAUGGUUGCUACUGUUAUGAUCUGUAUUGCACACUCUUCAACCUUCUUUAAAAUAUUUUAUAUACUUUUUCACUAGAACUACAAAAUAAUAAAGCUAUGCUUUUCAUAGCAUACAGUGACUUUUGCUUUAAUAAAUGAUCUGGAGACUACAUAAAUGCUUGUGAGCCACACUACUUAACACUCCAGAACCUUCAGCACUUGUUUUGGUUGAAUCAGUUCGUAUGUUUUAAAUUAUUUAGAAAAUAAUGCUGAUUUAACCAGUAUCCUCUGUUAUAAAUAAUGAGCUAGUGAAAAUUCAUUUGAGAAUUGUCAUUUUAUGAACAUAAGGGGUUCAGUGCUGACUUUAAUCUGUACAUGAAUAUUUUUAAAAUUCUUUAGGGGUAUAUUUGGUAGAUAUUUUUAAAUGGCCUUUGAAAACACUAAAAUAAAUGACAAGUUAGACAAUUAGUACUUAUUUUUGUCCACCUAACUGAGCAUUCUCAAGUCAAAUUGUGACAGAAUUCUUAAAAGGAAAAUCCCUCUGGGAAAUAUUCAUUUUAUAUUUAAAGCACAUUUGUACAAGCUUUUCUUGUGCUAGUCGAGGCAAUAGAACCCUCUUUUCAUAUUUAAUGGGAAUGCUAACAAUGCAUAUUCUUCUGUAUAUAAAGGACUGUAAGUUAUGGUUCUAAUUUGUUGCCUUGUUUUGUGGUUAAACUGGGUGAAAAGGUAUAGGGAAGAGAAGAAAGUUUCCAUAAGAAUAUACAAUGCGUACUAAAGAAUACCCAAGAAAAAAAUGAAAUGGUGUUUUGCGCUAAUUCAGACAUUCAUGGAGCAGAUACAGUUCUGCUUUGAGAAGUCAUUUGACUUCCCCCAUAAGAACCUAUGCAUGCAUUUGAGGUAUCUGAGCUGUGGAAGCAGGGUACCUGUAUGUUCUUAUGGACCAUCUCCUACCUGCCUUAUUUUCUUGAGAGGCACACAGGUGGAGCUAGAGCACAUUGGUGUUCACCUAGUCCGACACCAAACUAGCCGCUGUCCAAAACUGUACUCUUUAAGGUCUAUAGUACCACCCGAGGAACAACUUUUACAGAGCUCCUUGAUUUUUCUCCUGAUUAGGCGUUGGGCCCCAGCCCAGCUUCAUUACUGUAGCAUAAACGCUGUAGGAGGUCAAGUAGGCACUGAACACUCUGCCUCCUGGUAAUCAAAUUGAGGCAGGCACCCUGUCACAGCAGCCAUACAAGGAAUAGCAGAGAAGAGUGAUCAGUACUUCCCAUUGGAGAUCCACCAGUAGAACAACCAUUCUGGUCAUGUUGGCAGAGUCAUCAGCUUCAUUGUUUUGGUGGUAGCUUGGGCCUCUCCCAGGAAAAAAGGGUAAGUGAAGGACCCAGGCAUUACCUGCUACUUUUAAUUUAUCUCAAAGGUACAGUAUUGUCCCUGACAAUAAUAGCCAGCUGUAUAUAAUACCGUUCCCUAAAAUAUACUAAUAUGCUAGAGCUUGCACCAAACUAUUAGGAUAGAGUAGCUAUGGUGAAGCUAAAUUAAUUUUGGCAGAGAUUAGCCUUCAUGCUGAAGCCUUUGCCUUCUGUAUGAGGUGAGCGAUUCUGCUUUUAAAAUAGAUUUUUUUUUGUGAGAUUGUCAACUGGCUAUAAUCUCAGAAUUAAGCUUCUUCAAAAGAUCUAUGUUAUGCACCAGCCUUCUGUUUUACGUAUGAACAAUCAGGCUAUUUGUGUGUAAAACAUCAUUGAUGGUGUUGACAUAAUUCAACCCAGCUGCUUCUACAAACUGUAGGCCCAAUUCACUGCUGGCGCAAGAGGGUGCACCUUCAUUCACCUGAAUUUAGUCCUGAGUUCUAUUAAGACAACUACAAGAAUCUGGCCUAUUUGGUAUUUAGAAACUUGAGUAUGACAGAAUGAAACCAGGGAGGGAAGAGGCCUUUAGUUCCUUUCUUGGUAGUGCCUUUUUAAAAAAUAAAAAUAAACAUACAAACUUCUGUUUAAACACGGGUGUUCAUAAUUGCCCACUUCUGCAGCACACACUUGCAUUUAACGUCUCAGGGAAGUUAAUAUUAACACAAGGCAAUUGUUUCUAUAGAAUUUAUCUUCCUUCUAAAGAAGCUACAUACUUAAAUGAACCAGGUGGAAAGAAUUAUUUUUAAACUCAAGUGAUGCUAGUUUGCAAGAGCAUGUUCAAAGAUGUUUGAGCAAACAAUAAGAUGGAAAAUAUUGCAGUGAGAAAUAAAUAAUGAAGUCUGGAAGUGAUGUACAAGUACCAUGCUUCUCUAAAGCUAAGGACUUAGGGACGAAGUGGAACAUUACCUAUUUUCUCAGGGUUAUUAAGAGGUGUACAGCCACUACAAGGUACAAGGUUUAUUUCCCUUGAAACUAUCAGGUCAGUGUUAACAUUCCUUAAAGACAGACUGAACAAUUUGGGAAAAAAAAAAAAGUUUGUCCUUUUUGUCUUUUGUAGCAAUAAAUCACAAGUAAGAGAUGUUGCUUAACAAGAUCCCAGGGAGCAGAGGACAGAAAAAGGUAGUCCAUUGCUGGAGGAAGGCAGUGUAGUAGAAAAACUAUCAUGUGUGAGUCUCAUAACAGUAAGAUACCCCCCACCCUAAUAUUUAUUUUAGAAAAGACCUUGACUGAGGAAGGGGAAGGAUAUGAUGCUGUAGCUGGCAUUCUCUCCUGUAGAGAGAGACCCAACCAUCAUUGAUACAAGGUAACGUCAGCUGUGCUGAAAGGGAACUGCCCUCUGUCUGGAAUGCCCUGCAAUGUGUCUCCUCUGAAGGACAUUUAAUAUUUUUGCUUUCCUUCCUCUCCCUUCUGCUGAACAAGAGCAGAGGAUUUACCAUGGGCAGGCUUCUCUCUGGUGGUCACCAAAUGCUGAUGGAGGGCUUUGACAAAGAGAAAAGCUUACCUUGAGGUUAAGGGACUGGAGUUAGAAGUUAUAUGUUUUAGUGCUUGCUCUACCAAACUUUUCAUUAGUAAGUCUGAGAAACUCAGUUUCUCUCUGUGUCGUCAUUUCCCCAUCUGUGAGAUGAGAAUACUCUGUCUUACAAGAUGAGUGACUACAUUCAUGUAUCUGAGAAAUGCUCAUAUGCUGCUAAUAAGGACCACAGAAGAGCCAAACACAUCAGAUUCUCCUAGUUUGGGACAUCAGUUACAUUUAUGAAAAGGGGUUAAUGAGACUAACUUAAGAGUGAUAACUGUCUCAUUAUGUCAGUUUUCAGAGUAGCAGCCGUGUUAGUCUGUAUCCACAAAAAGAAAAGGAGGACUUGUGGCACCUUAG